UUAACCAAUCACCGACUGUGAAUGAGCGAGAUCGAGUGUUGUUUUCUUUUUCUUUCCUUCACGACAAACAUUUUUGGAGUUUUGGUUGUACCAGUACUUGUGCUUGCAAUUUUAACGAAAAAAUUAUUUAUAAAUUCAAGGAAACAAUAAUUUGUAUAGCUUACAAUCAGAUACGAAGCCUAAUACAUUAGCAAAUUAAAGGACAUAAACUUUUCACUUAAAAUAAAGUUAUAUUUUUAUUAUAACAAGUUUUCUAAAGUGUCGAUUUCGUUUAGUGGUUCGUGCUAAUAAAUUACGUUUGUUUCUUUGCCCUUUUAAUGUAAUGAAUAUUAUUGAUAUUAGUUUAUGAGUUAUAGUGUUCACUGUAGUAACGAUGGAAGUUUCUAACGAAAUAAAAGAAGACAUUCGUAAGACGCAGUCUGACUUGAAAAAUGCUAUACGAAUUCAUCAGGUUUGGGUAGCGCGCCUACAAGAUGAUGAGAAUAACAUACAUCUCAAGACAAAGGUUAAAGAAGCGGAAAGAGAUAUUAUAGCCAUUGGACAAACUCAGAAACUUGUUGUUGAUAAGCUGAGAAAAGAGUUGGAGCUUUAUCAACAGCGCCUGAAGGCAAGAAACAAACAGGUCAACAUUGAAAAUGAUAACCGAUAUGUCGCUCAGCAAAUACGGGACCAUCAAAUCCAAUUCCGCAACCGAAAUAGAAGCUCACUGCUCAAACCCUCAGUUUUAAAUGAAAUACAUGUUAAAAUCGAGAACAAUGAGAAUUUUAGGGAGAAUAUGUCAGACUCUGAAAAUGAACUCAAGUCUUCUAAUGAAAAGGAAAACUCAAACCACAGUGAGUCAGACGAAAAAGAAAAAUUCAAAGGCUACCUACCUUCAGUAUAUGAGAGCAGAACUAAUUUUGUUAACGCUUUGAAUAAAUCCAAAGAGCAAAUAACAGGGAAAAAAACUAUAUGUCUUCCACCAUGGAUAGUUCCCAAAGCAGAAAGAGAAGAGUUCCUAAAGGCUCCUCUCUCUCCAUCACCUCCGCCCCCACCAAUUCCAGAUCAAGGAGAACCAGUUUCUCAAGAACGAUUCCUGAGGUGUGUUGGUUUGAUAACACCGGUCCAAAAGGAAAUUUUAGAGAAGCGAAGAACAGAGCGCAGCUUGCGGUCUGCUGCUAAAAGACAAGCGUUAUUCGGUCCCAAUUAUGAAGCAGGUUUGCCAAAACGCAACAAGAAAGUGACCCAUUACCCGUAUCUACAAUCACACAAUGAUCCACCGCAAACUCGUUCAGCCAAACUGCGCAAACAACAGACACAAUACAAAACGAUAUGUGAAGGAAUGCAGUUAGGAUUAUCAUCUGAAAACAAAGUCAGCCUACUACUACACAACAAGCCGGCCUGGGUGGCAGCACUGCCGCCUAGUUUGACUGUCGAACCUGUAUUUUCACCCAUCAAAAAAGUUUGCCAAGGCUGCGGUAGAAAUGAUGUUCCGUCCCUGCUAGUGUGUUGCGACACGUGCGCCACGUGGCAACACACCGGCUGCAGCGCGGGCGGGCUCUGCGUGAGCUGCCGCGCGCCGCUGCCCGACCCGGCCGUCUGCAGCGCGCCCGACCCCGACCCCGACUCGCAGCUCUACCGAGCGCGCCGCUGCCCGACCCGGCCGUCUGCAGCGCGCCCGACCCCGACCCCGACUCGCAGCUCUACCGAGGUAGGACGCGACGCGACCGGCUCACGUGUGACCUGUGUGACACGUGACACGUGGCGACACACCGGCUGCCGCGCGCCGCUGCCCGACCCGGCCGUCUGCAGCGCGCCCGACCCCGACCCCGACUCGCAGCUCUACCGAGGUAGGACGCGACGCGACCGGCUCAGCUCUACCGAGGUAGGACGCGACGCGACCGGCUCACGUGUGACCUGUGUGACACGUGACACGUGGCGACACACCGGCUGCCGCGCGCCGCUGCCCGACCCGGCCGUCUGCAGCGCGCCCGACCCCGACCCCGCCUCGCAGCUCUACCGAGGUAGGACGCGACGCGACCGGCUCAGGUGUGACCUGUGUGACACGUGA